UGACUCUAAUUAUACAAAUUUCAAAAAUGAGCAAAAUGAAUUUGUGACACUGGGAGUCAGGAUAGUGGUUAUCUCCAAUGGCAGAAGUGACUGGAAGGGGUCACAAGGGAGUAUCUGGGGUGCUGACAAUAUUUCAUUUCUUGAUUUGGAUGCUUGUUACACGAAGGUGCUCGCUUAGGAAAGUAAAUAAGAUAAAGCUUUCCAGACUAGAAAGAAAUAAGUAAAAGGAUCUCCAAUCACAGAUGAUGUGACAUUUUAUGUAGAAAAUCAUAAGGAAUCCACUAAAAGCUACUAAAUUUCAACAGAAAUUUACUCUCUUUUCCUCAUUAUUUACUCUGAGAAGACACUCUGGGGGAGGUAGGUUUUUAGCGAUAGCUCUAUAGGGUUGCUAAGAGUUGGAAUCGAGUCAAUGACAGUGGGUUUGGUUUUGGUUUUGUUAUGUGAAAAAAGGAGGUUGCUUAGACCAAAGAGAAUAUAGUUACUUAGUAAAGAUCUGAGUGACUAAUGAAAUAACCAUAAGCAGUUAGAUCAACUCAGAAAAAUUACUCAAUACCUCUUUACUCAAAGAGAAGAUUAGCCAGAAAAUGGAAGGAAAUAGAGAUUCUAAGAAGAAGUAGGUUUCUUUCAUGGGUUAAAAGGGCAUGGGGCAGAUCUUACUUCAGAGCCUACACAUAAAAAACCAAAACAAAACAACAAAACCUUUCAGUUAGCAGCCAAGCACUGUGCUAUGAGGGCCCCUUGGGGUACACUUAGUAGGGACUUUAUAAAUGAUGAUCAAAUGAAUGAAUGUCUCUUAUCCCUAGGGUGGACAAUUCCCUCCUGGAAUGGCUAUGUUCUUGUGCAACACCAGCACUUUUGUACACCCUACCUUCCUCCUCACUGGCUUUCCAGGCCUGGAGGCCUUUCACCACUGGGUAUCUAUCCCCAUCAACUUGACCUGUGUGGUUUCCAUCCUGGGCAACAGUAUCAUCCUCUUCCUGAUCCACACAGACCCGGCCUUACACGAACCCAUGUACAUCUUCCUGUUCAUGUUGGCAGCAUCUGAUCUGGGUCUCUGUGCCUCUACCUUCCCCACCAUGGUGCGGCUCUUCUGGCUAGGUGCUCGUGAACUGCCCUUUGACUUCUGUGUAGCACAAAUAUUCUUUUUUUUUUUUUUAAUAACUUUUAUUAAGCUUCAAGUGAACGUUUACACAUCCAAUCAGUCUGUCACAUAUAAGUUUACAUACAUCUCACUCCCUACUCCCACUUACUCUCCCCCUCUUGAGUCAGCCCUUUCAGUCUCUCCUUUCUUGACAAUUUUGCCUGCUUCCCUCUCUCUCUAUCCUCCCAUCCCCCCUCCAGACAAGAGUUGCCAACACAAUCUCAAGUGUCCACCUGAGUUAAUUAGCUCACGUCUGCCUAGUCCGCCAUCUUGGCUCCGCCCCCUAGCACAAAUAUUCUUCAUUCAUGCCAUCACCUAUGUGGAAUCUGGCAUGCUGCUCGCCAUGGCCUUCGAUCGCAUCAUUGCUAUCCGGAACCCUCUGCAGUAUGCCACAAUCCUUACCCACUCAGCCAUGGUCAAAGUGGGGGCUGCCAUUCUAGUGAGGGCUGUUCUGCUCAACCUUCCAGGACCCAUCCUCCUGCGGCGUCUGCUCUUUCCCCAGAUCAGCAUACUCUCGCACUGCUACUGCCUGCACUGUGACCUCGUAGCGCUGGCCUGCUCAAACACCCGGGUCAACAGCCUGGUUGGCCUGGUCUCCAUCCUCUCACUGGGCCUUGACUCCUCCCUUAUCAUGCUCUCAUAUGCACUGAUCCUACAGACAGUGCUGGGCAUUGCAUCACCUGGGGAAUGGCUCAAGGCACUCAACACGUGUGUCUCACACCUCUGCAUUGUUCUCAUCUUUUAUUUGCCCAAACUGGGGCUGUCUGUAUUGCACCAAGUAGAGAAGCACAGCUAUCCUGCUCUAGCAGUGCUCAUGGCCAACCUGCACUUUGUGGUCCUGCCUUUCAUGAACGCCAUUGUCUACUGCAUCAAGUCUAAGCAGAUCUGCCAGGGCCUCUUAAAGAGUUUCCAGCAGAAGAGAGUUGAUGUCUCUUAA